UAAGCAAACACAAUCGCCCCACCCACACUACACAUUAUUCGCGGCUUGCAUCACUGACCACACUUCCCAAAAACCAUGGCCAUGGCGGGGCUUAUCUCCCCCAAACCGCUCUCAUACCUCCAGCAUGCUGGGCAAUUCAACCCAUACCAGCAACAGCAACAGCAACAACAGCAGCAGCAGCGCUUAGCAGGGUCCGCGCUCUCCGGAUACUCCGACACACACACACAUACUCAGAGCCAUACGCCCUCCCUGCACCCACACCAGCACAUCAUGGGUCUUCAAGAAGAGAGCAAGAUAUAUAGUCUUGUUAUUGACCUUACGGAUCCUAAUGCGCGCGAGGCUGCGUUGCUGGAGUUGAGUAAGAAAAGGGAGCAGUAUGAGGAGCUUGCGUUGGUGCUUUGGCAUUCCUUUGGUAUCAUGCCAGCGCUAUUACAAGAAAUAGUAUCCGUCUACCCCCUCCUCUCCCCUCCAAACCUCACAGCGCAUGUAUCGAACCGAGUAUGUAAUGCCCUUGCGUUGCUCCAGUGCGUGGCUUCGCAUCCGGAUACGAGACAGUUAUUUUUGAAUGCGCAUAUCCCGUUGUUCUUAUACCCGUUCCUGAACACGACCUCGAAAACGCGGCCGUUUGAAUACCUCAGACUUACCUCACUGGGCGUUAUUGGCGCCCUCGUCAAGCAAAACGACAACAAUACAGUCAUUCACUUCCUCCUCUCAACCGAAAUCAUCCCCCUCUGUCUCCGUAUAAUGGAAACGGGUUCCGAACUCUCUAAAACAGUCGCUAUCUUCAUCGUCCAAAAGAUCCUACUCGACGAAACGGGUCUCACGUACAUUUGCCACACUUACGAGCGGUUUUAUGCCGUGGGGACGGUGUUGAGCAAUAUGGUGAAUCAGCUGGUGGAAACCCAGGCUGUGAGGUUGUUGAAACACGUCGUAAGGUGUUAUUUGAGACUUAGCGAUAAUAUGAGAGCGAGGGAAGCGCUGAGGGCUUGUCUCCCUGAACCACUGCGUGAUCAGACGUUCAGUGUGCUUCUCAAGGGAGACAUGGUUACCAAACGAUGUCUGACGACUCUUUUAAACAACCUCAAUGAGCAGUGACACCUGCCCCGAACUAGUCUAUCAAAACGACCCACUUACGAAUCCUAAAAAUUCGGACUACUCUUAUGAGAUCUGAUGCUUCUUUUUUUCCGAACCGUUACGGACUGUCACCACUUCUCGACCGACUGGU